AUGACAGCAGUUGAAGAUGGAAAAGGAGGUGUAUUUUUUGUAUAUGGAUAUGGUGGAACAGGUAAGACAUUUCUCUGGAAGACUUUAGCUUUAUCCGUUAGGUCUAGAGAACAGAUCGUACUAAAUGUUGUUUCGAGUGGUAUUGCUUCUUUGCUAAUGUCAAGAGGUAGAACGGCACAUUCUAGAUUUCACAUUCCCAUAAAUUUAGAUGAGAGUUCGAUGUGUCACAUAAGGGCUGAUGGUGAUGUAGCCUACUUGCUUAAGCAUACUAGGUUAAUUAUAUGGGAUGAAGCACCCAUGGUACAUAGGCAUGCGUUCGAAGCUUUAGACCGAACCUUUAAAGAUGUUUUGGUUGACAAAAGCAAUUCUCAGUCGGAUGUUUUAUUUGGAGGUAAAGUAAUUGUGUUUGGUGGUGAUUUUAGGCAAAUUCUUCCUGUUAUUCCAAACGGAAGUAGGCAAGAAAUUGUUAAUGCUUCGUUGAGUUCAUCUUAUAUAUGGUCACACUGUAAAUUACUUACCUUAACAAAAAACAUGAGGUUGACUAUCGGUGCUUCACAAUCCAGAAUGGUGGAGACUGAGAAAUUUGCCAAAUGGCUUCUUGAUAUCGGGGAAGGUAAGGUUGGAGGUGACAACGAUGGCGUUGCAAUUGUAGAAAUACCUUCUGAUAUUCUAAUUACAGAUUCUUCCGAUCCCAUUGAAAGUUUGAUUCAAUUUGUGUAUCCGUCGGUUUUAGAAAGAUAUAUGGAUCUAGAUUAUUUUUCUGAAAGAGCCAUUCUGACACCGAAAAAUGAGGUCGUUCAUGAAAUAAACGAUCGAUUGUUAGAGUUGUUUCCUGGUGAACCAGUAGAGUACCUAAGCUCUGAUACUAUAUGUGAAACUGAAAAAGGUAUUGAUUCCUUCCAGCAAGAGUUGUAUUCACCUGAUGUUUUGAAUGGUUUAAAGAUAUCUGGUUUACCAAAUCAUCGUCUGGUUCUAAAAGUUGGUGUUCCUAUUAUGCUUCUUAGGAACAUUGACCAACAGAAUGGAUUAUGUAAUGGUACAAGGUUAAAAGUUACAUAUCUUGGAAAGAGGGUUAUGGAAGGUGAAAUUAUAUCAGGUGCUAAUGUUGGAACUAGAACGUUCAUUCCAAGAAUUAGCAUGAUUCCAUCCGACAAAAAAAUACCUUUUGCUUUUCAAAGACGACAAUUUCCUGUUGCUGUGUGUUUUGCUAUGACAAUCAACAAGAGUCAAGGCCAGUCUUUGUCUAAGGUUGGUCUUUAUUUAAAAGAACCAGUUUUCACACAUGGCCAGUUAUAUGUGGCAUUAUCUAGAGUUAAAUCAAGACAAGGGGUGAAGAUAUUAAUUCUUGAUAAGGAUGGGAAACCUACUAAUACAACAACCAAUGUUGUUUAUAAAGAAGUGUUCACUCACCUUUGA